UUCUUUUUUAUAAAAGACGUUGACAUGAAUGGAAUCUCAACAUAUUAGCCCUUUUUUUGUGAUCAAACUCCAAAUAUUUCUUUGUCACUUUUCCUAAAAAUAUCAAACAUUGACACAGUUUAAUUGCCUUGGUUGAAUUUUCUAUACUUCACCUUAUCUCUUCCUACUCCAUUUUCUUAGUGAUUUCAACAAUGAGGCAUCUUACGACGUCGUUUCUUCCGGUUCCGGCUAUUUUUCCGGCGAAGAAUCGGUUUUCUUCUCCUCGGAUUACCGUUAAUUCUCGGUGGAGCUCCGGUGCGUUUCGCCGGCGAAUGUCGCGCGCCUCUUUUAGGUGUACACUUUGUAUUCCGGAUAUUUGGUUGGAAGAUUCAUCUUUAAUGUCAAAUAACAAAAUGAAUCAAAGAGGGAAGUGGAUUACAAAUGCUACGAGAAAAGAUACCGAGGAAUUAGUUUCUUGUUCAGAUUUUAUGGACGAAGAGGAAGGUAUAUGCUCGAGAUUAGAACUCAAAGGUGGUCUGAAGGGUCACCUGGCUAUGAUUAUUCACUCCUUAUCAAUAUCAUCCUUUGUCUUCCUUAGAUGGAGUCAUUUGAAUUUGGCCAGCAUGUUGCUGAAAUCGCUCAAGUGCUUGCAUGGCUUUUCAAUGCAAGCUUUUGGGUCUACAAAUCUACUGUUUGCUUCCCUGUCUAGUUCACAAAACAAGCCUACACCUCUCAACUUGGAUGUCUCUUUACCUUCAAUUGGGGAUCUCCAGUGGAGCUUUGCACGAAUGAUAUAUCUAUUCAACAUGCAAGUAGAAAGAAAUGUAGCAACGUUUUUAUUGGUACUAAUUGUGGCGUGCUUCUCGUUCGUUGUCAUUGGUGGUUUCCUCUUCUUUAGGUUCAGGGGUCAAACACAGUCUUUGGAGGAUUGCUUCUGGGAGGCCUGGUCUUGUCUUUGUUCAUCAUCAACCCAUUUAAGAUUGAGAACACGUUUUGAACGAGUUGUUGGCUUUAUACUUGCUAUUUGGGGCAUAUUAUUCUACUCCCGUUUGUUGAGCACGAUGACAGAGCAGCUCAGAAAUAACAUGCAAAGGAUCAGGGAGGGUGCACAAAUGCAAGUUUUGGAGACUGAUCAUAUAAUCAUUUGUGGAGUGAAUAGUCAUCUGAACUUCAUACUUAAGCAGAUAAAUAAGUAUCAUGAGUUUUCCAUCCGCCUAGGCACUGCUCAUGAUAGGAGGCAGAGAAUUCUCCUUCUUUCUAAUCUUCCAAGGAAGCAUAUGGAAAGGAUUGCUGAAAAUAUAGCUAAAGAUCUUAGCCAUAUUGAUAUUCUUACAAAAAGCUGCAGCCUCAACUUGACGAAAUCUUUUGAAAGAGCUGCAGCAAAUAAGGCCCGUGCUGUAAUUAUUUUGCCUACAAAAGGAGAUAGGUAUGAAGUUGAUACAGAUGCAUUUCUGUCUGUGCUGGCAUUACAACCACUGGCAGAAAUCUCAAAUGUACCUACCAUUGUGGAGGUUUCUAAUCCCAGUACAUGUGAGUUGCUGAAAUCAAUAUCAGGGCUCAAAGUCGCACCAGUAGAAAAUGUGUCUUCCAAAUUAUUUGUUCAGUGCUCCCGACAGAAAGGGCUUCUUGAGAUCUAUCAACACUUGCUGAAUUACAAAAAAAAUGUAUUUAAUCUUUGUGAUUUCCCAGACCUUGCUGGAGUGAAGUAUUGGCAAGUUAGACGUGGACUACAAGAGGUGAUUGUUUGUGGUCUUUACCGAAGUGGGGAACUAAUCUUUCAUCCAAAUGAUGAGGAGGUCUUGAAUGAAACUGACAAAGUUUUAUUCAUUGCUCCUCUUUAUGGGACAAGAAAGCCGCAAAUUUCCUGCUCAAGUGUUAUAGAGGCAGUGAAUAAGGAGAUUCACAACUUUGAGUACCUGGGAAUUAAAGUUGACUCUGUCAAAGAUAUGUCAACAAUUGAGAAAGUGCGUCGUGAAAAUACACAAAAGCGUCCUUUCAAACGACGAUCUAAGGCAUCAGACUACACUGUAGGGCCAAAAGAAAGCAUACUGUUGAUAGGUUGGCGCCCAAAUAUUGCGGAAAUGAUUAAAGAAUAUGACAAUUAUCUAGGACCUGGAAGUUCACUGGAAAUAUUGUCUGAUGUACCAUUAGAAGAGAGGAAAAGCAGACUUGUUGGUCUAGGGAAACUCGAACACAUACAAGUAUCCCAUAUGGUUGGAAACCCUAUGGAUUAUGAUACCUUAAAGGAAGCAGUAUUAAGAACCCAAACUUCUACAAAAACAGAUGAAGAGAUCCCAUUCUCAAUUGUUGUAAUCUCUGAUAAAGAGUUGAUACUCGGAGAUCCAUCCAGGGCUGACAAGCACUCUGUAUUUGCUCUUCUCUUGGCUGAAAAUGUUUGCAGUAAUCUUGGAGUAAAGGCGCAAAAUCUUGUUGCUGAAAUAGUUGACUCAAAACUUGGAAAACAAGUAACAAAAAUAAAGCCAUCACUGACUUAUAUUGCCGCUGAGGAACUCAUGAGUCUCGUUACUGCUCACGUUGCAGAGAAUAGUGAACUCAAUGGAGUAUGGAAAGACAUUUUGGAUGCUGAUGGUGAUGAAAUAUAUGUCAAGGAUAUUGCCUUGUACAUGAAAGAGGGAGAAACUCCAUCUUUCAAUGAGCUGUCUGAAAGGGCAUGUUUGAGGCGAGAAGUGGCCAUUGGUUAUGUGAAAAACGAUAAAACGGUUAUAAAUCCAAACCCCAAAACACAACCUCUCAACCUCGAUAUGACUGACUCACUGAUUGUAAUCUCCGAGUUUGAAGGAGAACAACCUAUAGUUGAGGAUUCCCCCCUUAUUAUUUAACCACUGGCCCAUUCAUUUCUUUUUACUGAUGUACAUCCAUGACUCAUGGGCAUCAGGUGCUACAAAUCUAGCUGAAAUUUUUGGAAUUGCUAGAUUACCAUGAUCUUGUUUUAGUGCAACUCUCUUGGAGUAGUUGUUACUGUAAGGUACAUUAUGUAAAGUCCCCGUUACAAAGCUGAAGACAAAUUCUCCCAUCCUGCCAUCGCGGUUCUGAUGAAUGAUAAGACCAAGCUCUUGGAGAAUGUACAUGACUCUGGCAGUCUGGCUAGAGAUAUUGUAAACAAGAGCUGCCUUCAUUGUUAUGUGAUGGACAUUAUUUUCAAUUUGUAUUAAUAAUUGUCCGCGGGUUUAAGCCAAAAGCCAAACUUAAUCAGUGGAUAAUUGAUCCAAGGUAAGUUUUGAAUUUAUAAUGUCUAAUGCAGUAAAGUCCAGGAAAAUCAUUAAGCACUAA